AUGCCAAAGGUAAGAGAUGGGUACUUUUGGGUAAAUCUGUUAAUUCUAGGAAAAAGUGGUACUUUUGGAUAAAAGUUGUACUUUUUAAAUUUAAUUUGGCGCGAUUAGGUGUUUAGGGACGGGUUAGUAAAAACUGGUACUUUCAGCGAAAAAAUAGUACAGUUUGAAUAAAAAAUGGUAUUGUUUAUAUUAAAAAUGUCAUGUUUAAAAAUGGUACCGUUUAGGUAAAAAAUGCUACUUAUAUGGCAAAACUGGUACUUUUUGAAUAAAAAUGCUACUUUAGAGCAAAAAUGUUAUUUUUUAAACAAAAAAUGGUAUUUUUAGAAAACAAAAUGGAACUGUUUGAACAAAAAAUGGGAUUUUUAGGGCAAAAGUUGUACUGUUUGAAUCAAAAACUAUACUGUUAGAAAAAAAACUGGUACUGUGGAGAUAAAAAAUAGUACUCAAAGAAAAGAAUGGUAUAAGUGUAGGAUAGCCUAAAGUAGUUUAGGGCAGGUGGAAGAGGAAACGAGGCUAAAAAUGAUUCAUUUUAAACUGGAACAAAAAAUAACAAAAGUAUAAGUUUAAAAAUCAAAUUUAAGUAUCUAAUAUACGAUUAGUAUUGGUGUUAAUUUUGUAUCAAUUUCAGCGAGCGUCGGAAGACUUGGUAGGCGCGGCUUGUUUCGAUGAAGCUUUCAGCAUCUUCAUGAACACUAUGAGUGAGCCAAAAAAGGUAAUUUUUAAUCAAAAUUUAGCAAUUCCUUUUAACAAAUUAAAAUAAAAAUAAUUUUUCUUUGUUUUUCAUUAUGAUUUUUUAUAAAAACCUUAAAAAUGCUAAUUAAAUUUGAUUUUUUCGAAAAAAAGGUGAUUAAAAUGGUAUAAAAUUUAAUUUAAUUGAAUUUUAAACUACAGUAAAAGAAAUUGUACGCACAGUAAACUCAAAUCUUUUUCUCAAAAAUUUUUAAUUAAAAAAAAUUUUUUUCAGCUCAAACUAGACCCUCUGGCCUUUAUUUCCGCGCCCGCCCCAGCCAGCAAAUCGGCUUCGGCCGCCGCCGCCGUCGCUGCCGCCGCCGUCCUCAACUUCAACUCAACAGCUUCGGCUUCGACUGUCUCGGCGCCAGAUCCAUCAGGAAACCCACCAUCUAGGGUAGUACAUCUUCGCAACAUUCCAGGCGACAUGAGUGAACUGGAGUUGAUCCACUUCUGUAUGCCUUUUGGAAAACUUUCGAAUUAUCUUAUGCUGAAGGGGAAGAACCAGGUAAGGUUUGUUGAAACUUGUGUAAAGUUUUGUAGAAAAACAAGGGUAGGGUAAGGUAGAGCAGGGUAGGGUAAACAGAUAAUUUUUGACUAUGUUCUAUAAAAAAAGCACUUGGAAAUUUGACAUGUUACGAAAUGUCACAAGAUUUAUUCGAUUUUUAUGAAAAAAUUUUUGAGUGAAAAGUAAAUUACCGUUGCUUUUUUUUAAUUUUGAACUUAAAUUUUGACAUUUUUGUUAAUUUUUAAAAACAGUAAAAAGCUAUUGACAAUGUGGCGAAAUGUCACAAAACUUAUUGGUUUUUCAUUUUCUGUUUAUUCUAUAGGUUAAAAAGGGAUUUUUUGUAAAAAAAACACGUUAACAGUUGCUUUAAAUUAUAUUUUGUAUUUUGCAUUACUAAAUGGUAAAAAAUAUAUAGGUUUUUUUGAAAUUUAUAUUAUUUUGGUGAAGUACUUUAAAAAUAUGUCUAACCUUAACUUAAUCUGCCUUUAAAAUCCAGAAACUUUUCUGAAUUCCAAGGAAAACAAAAAAUUUACAUUAUUCCAUUUCAGGCCUUUGUAGAAUAUGAAGAAGAAAGUGGAGCCCAAGCGAUCGUCCAAAUUGCUCAUGCUUAUCCAAUGGCAAUUCGAGGGAAAACGAUCUUCUGCCAAUACAGUACGCAUCAAAAUCUGAAAACCGAGAAAAAACUGCCAACCAAAAGUGGUGCUAUUCUUGGAGACCUUGUGGUACCGCCGGUAGGUUUUAACUUUAACGUUUUAAGCCUUUUUUUGUUUAAAAUUUGAAAAUUUUAUAGAAAGUUAACAAAAAUAUUUAAAAAUUAUUGUGGUACUGUAUUCUUAAAAUUUUAAUGGUACUGCAGUUUUCAAACCUAUUGAAUAUUGUAUUCUUAUUGUGUAAAAAAGAAUUAGGUAUAAAAAGACUAGUUUUUAAUAUUUUCGCGCCAAGCGGAAUCGAACCCAGGUGCUUCGGCGCGUUAGUCAAACGCUUUUGCCACUAUACUACUACAAAGUGACGGUUGAAAAUUGACCUUAAUUUAUAUGUUACUAGGGCAGAAUUUAAUGCUGAAUUCAAAUCUGUAACCUAUUCUUUGUAAGUUCGAAAAAGAAAAAAGGUAUGACCAAUUUUUGUGGUUAGUUACCUAAAACAAGGUUUUGUGGCUAUUUUAUAGUUAAAAUAAGGUUUAAAAAUCAAAUUAAAGCAAAAUUUGGGACUUACGUUUUAGUCUUAAAAGCCUUACUGCAGAACCCUUACAAAGUUAGGCUAAGAUACGAUGACAACUUACUGUAGUAAAUUUGCUCGAAAGUGCAAAACAUAAAAUUUGUUUACAAAAAGCUUGUUGUCGAAGGAUAUUUGUGGCCUGCGGGUGCGUGUUUUUGAUUAAAUGGAAGAAGCAGAUUAAUGGUCGUCAGGACAACCGGCUAAUAGUCAUGAUAUAUCCUAAUUAGAGCGGGCACAUUAGCGAGAUGGGCCAAGAAACGCGAGGGAUGGGGGCCAGGAAUCCGUACAAUACUCGAAUACAGGGUUUGGUUUGGCAUGGCACGCAUUCUUUUGGUUGUAUAUAGGUAUUGAAGGUCGUUUUAGAGAGUUUUUGACAUACAAAUGGCUGUGUUUGGGACAAGUUCUUAGUACAAGAUUGUUUAUUAGAAGUACAUUGUUGUAAGCUGUAUACAGGGGCUAAGGGGGGACGCUAGGGUUUUAUAAAAAAUUUUUUUGAGGUUUGUUAACUAAGUAGGGUAAAUUAGAGUAUGUUUUCAUUUUCACCUUUUUAACUUAACUUUAUAUCUUUGUGUGUUAUCUCUACUUUUCGCUCCCCCCCCCCGCAUCCUUAGGUCUAUUUAAAAAAAACUGUAAUUUGUGUUUAAAAUACGCGCAUAUUAUUUAUGGCCGCUGGCUUUUAAUUAGAAGUCUCAUUUAUCAGUCGAUCACAUUUCGACUACUCGGCCCAUUUUCGUAGGGGGGGAGGGUGCAUUUCAGCGGUCGCGUCCUUUUCCUCGCGAUUAAUUAAAAAUGAUGCCCGUUGGCUCUCUUUCGUCAGCCGGUUGGAAAUUAUUCGAGGGAAUUUUCGGCGCAUACAUUGACUUCAGAAGGCCAAAACACGGCUGAUGCGCGGAAUAAUAAACAGCCUACGGUUAUGUUAGGCAUAUUAUGGAUAGGGAAUAAUAUGCCUAACAUGUUGUUUUAGGUUAAAGGGUAGGGGAGUAUGUUUUUGGUUUAGUGAGAGAGGGGCAGGUUUUAUUUGCAGUUUAUGGCAGGGUGUCGCAAAGCUAGGUAGUGUAGGCUAGGGCUGAGGCUGAUACUGAGGCUAAGGCUAAAACAGAGGCUGACACUGAGGCAGAGGCUAAAGCUAAGGCUCAGGCGAAAGAGAAUACUCAGACUAAGGCUAAGACUAAGGCUAAGGCUCGAAAAAAAUCCAAAGUCAAAUGCACCUCUUUCCGCACCCAAUUACUGAUGCAAAAAGAAUGGCACUCUUACAUUUGGCAUCUUUAA